UUUAUAUUGUCGAUAGCUAAUAAUAUUUUUUAUUAAUUAUUUUUAAUACGUGCGUAAAAAAAUAUAACAGGAAUUAGUAUGAGAAAAAGAUAUAACAGGAAUUAGUAUGAGAUUCUUUUAGUUGAUGUUCUUGUUAAUAUAAAAUAUAAUCAAUGUUUAAGUUAGCUGGAAGCAUCUAGCGCAGAAAGUGUUUAGGAUAACCUCAAAGUGUAGUGUUUUAUGUAUAAGAACUAUGGCUAUUCAGUUAUCAAGACGAGAAGUGGACGAUUUAAGAUCGUCUCUCGAUCGUGCUAUCUACAGGACUAUCGGUAAAUCUGAUAGUUCCUUACUAUCAACGGUGUCUUCUUGUUUGACAAAUGGUUAUGAAAAAAGAAAGAUAAUAGAUAGAAUAUCAUCACAUAUUGACUCAAAGAAAGCAAGCAAGCUCGCAGACAAAGUUAUAACACUUGCACAGGAGUUAGUCUCAUCGUCUAAGUCACAGAAGAGGAAACAUGACUCUGAUAAGGACAAGGACUCCAAGAGGUCACGACACGACGACCGACAUGAACAUCGGGACGACAGACGGGACCGUCACGAUAAAGAAAGAGAUAGAGACAGAGAUGACAAAGAGCGCAGCGAGAGGAACGAUAAUGGUAUUGAUUUACCGUCAAUACUGCUGGAUGGUGAGACUGUUGGGUCGAAGAUGACUGGAUUGAGUGCUGAUAAAAUCAAGCUGAUGAUGGCGAAUGCUCAAAAGGAGAUUGAGGAAAGGAAGCGCUCCCUUAUGGCCAUUAAAGGAGACAAGGGCAAGGUGAACUUAGCAGCUGCAACGGCACAGCAGAUCAAAGUCCAGAUGGCGCAGAGCCAGAACAUACCUCCGCCCAGUGUCAUCAAACCUGUUCUGUACUCGAGACCUGUACAGGGUAUGAUGACGGCAGAAGAGCUAGAGAAGCAACAGAAGAUAGCAGAACUUCAAGCUAGGAUACAGAAGAAGUUGUCAGGUGGCGCCUUGCAGCCUGGGCUCUCUGGGCCCGCGCCGCUGAUUCUCGACCGCGAAGGUCGCACAGUGGAUCCCACUGGCCGCAGAGUACAUCUGACACAAGUCGCACCCACACUAAAGGCGAACAUCCGCGCGAAACGACGCGAGGAGUUCAAGGCACAGCUGUCGGGCCAGGCGUCCAGCGAUGUGAUCACGGAGGCGUCUUGGAUCGACGAGCGUGUGGCCAGCAAACCGGCGGUACGAGCCAAGCGGGCACUGCGCUUCCAUGAGCCCGGCAAGUUCCGGCAGAUGGCAGAGCGGCUUAGAAUGAAGGCGCAACUGGAGAAACUCCAGGGUGAGAUAUCUCAGAUCGCGAGGAAGACUGGCAUCUCUUCAGCGACUAAGCUGGCCCUGUUAGCAGCGGAUACUCCGGACUCCGACAGAGUGCCAGACAUUGAAUGGUGGGACAGUGUUAUACUGAUGACGUCAGAGGAGCGAGAGGCCCGCAAACGUAACCCUGACCAACGGACAGAGACGCAACGCGUCGAGGACUGCAACAUCGGUGCUGAUGACAUCAUCGAUAAUCUGAACGAGGCUGCCAUCACCAACCUGGUGGAACACCCUCAGCAGUUGAGGCCUCCAACUGAACCGCUCAAACCGACGUAUAUGCCCGUGUUCCUUACGAAGAAGGAGAGGAAGAAACUACGACGACAGAGUAGGAGGGAGGCGUGGAAGGAAGAACAAGAGAAGAUAAGAUUGGGCUUGGAAGCACCACCUGAACCAAAACUAAGGAUAUCGAACCUAAUGCGAGCUCUUGGCACGGAAGCAGUUCAGGAUCCCACCGCCAUCGAGGCCAAAGUUCGCGAGCAGAUCGCUAAGCGCCAGAAGACCCACCAGGAUGCCAACCAGGCCAGGGCACUCACCAAAGAACAGAAGAGGGAAAAGGUCGACAGAAAGAUUCGCGAGGACACCUCUCUGGGUGUCAAUGUUGCUGUUUAUAGGAUACGUGACCUGUUCGAGUGCGCGUCGGCCAAGUUCAAGGUGGAGGUGAACGCUCGCCAGCUGCACAUGACGGGCGUAGUUGUGCUGCACCGGGGCUGUUGCGUGGUGGUGACGGAGGGGGGGCCCAAACAGCACGCCAAAUAUAAACGGCUGAUGCUGCAGCGGAUUAAGUGGGAGGAAGACAUGGUGAAGGAUAACGAGGGGAACGAGGUGCCGAACUCUUGUCACCUGGUGUGGGAGGGGAACACUCCUGGCCGCGCCUUCGGGGACAUCAAGUUUAAGGUGAUGCCUACGGAAAAACAAGCUCGGGAGCUGUUCCUCAAGCAUAGAGUGGAGCACCUGUGGGAUCUGGCUUACAGCGGCGCAGUCCUCGGCACCGGCCCGGACGAACCAUGACCGCCGACACGCUCUUAGCCAUAAUGUACACCCUACCUUAUACUAGUAUACAAAUUAAAUUUGUAACCAACUCUCAGGUUGAACAAGAUAUACCAAUAUUUACGACCCAUGCGUAUUCGAACGGUCGGCUCAGUUGGAAAGAGCGGUGAGUCGGAACUCGGGUUCAGGUCCCGCAUCGUUCAUAAAUUUUGGUUAUAAAUUUAAUUUGUAUAAUAAAUCCCGGAAGUGAAGGGAUAUUACUUUAAAAUAACAAAUUGUUUAGAUUCGAAAGAGCGACAUCUCAAGUCAAUUUCCAAAUAUGCAAUUAUUGGGGUUGAGCAGGUUAUCAACUGUAAAGUAGAUCCUGUAGAUGAAGCCACAACCUGAGAGUUGAACAAGUCAUACCAAGAUUUAAUAUCGAUGCGUCACUCGAACGGUUGGUUUAGUUGCGGCGUACCCUCUCAAAUGCGGAGAAGCAUACAAGAGUUUUAGAUGAAACAGACGUGCAUAUCUUCAGUACCUUAUAAGACAAAGUAAUACAUUAUUGACUCAUUAAAUAUUUUUAUUCAAAAUAGAACAUGUAUUGAAAGCCAAAAACAACCACACAUUGGAAAAAGUGCCUCAGGCCUGAGAAGAGCGGGCGGAACAAACUCAGCGGGCGUUUUUUUAAAUCAAUAUAUGGUUUAUAAUAUUAUUUCGGACAAUAAAACUUAUAAUUAAAUAGCCUGAGGGCGGUCGCUCCAUUCCCAAUCUGUGGUAUCGUUAUAAUAAAGUCAUUUAUGUUAUAGUAACCUUUAGUUUUUUGACAAUUAAAGAAGGUAUCAAAUACAACCAAUCGAAAUAUUAUGAUAUCGCAUAAUUUAAUUUCUUUUGAAGUAUGAUACAAAUGGUUUAGUUGAUCAAUUCGUCGUUAGUUGCCGAAUUUGGGUGUCACUCACUUAAAAAAUGGUGGAAAUUUGUUUUUUUGAGGCGUUGGCUAAGUAUUGUUAUUAUUUGAACAUAUUAUGUUUGUAGAACAUUGUUUCGGUGUGAAGGGCUCCGUAGCUAGUGAAAUUACUGGGCAAAUGAGACUUAACAUCUAUCGUCGCAAGGUGACGAGCGCAAUUGUAGUGCCGCUCAGAAUUUUUGGGGUUUUCAAGAAUCCUGAGCGGCAUUGCAUUGUUAUGGGCAGGGCGUAUUAAUUACCAUCACCUGAACGUCCUGCUCGUCUCGUCCCCUGUCGUAUAAAACAGAUCAGUAAAAACAUUGACGUAUUAUAAACGACUAGACUAACAAUCACAGUUACACAAUUUUUUUAAUUUAAACAGGGCACUUACCUGAAAUCCUGAAUCCUGACCUGACUUACCUGAAAUGUUUUGAUGUAUUGUGAAUUGGACAGUUUUUCACUGAACACUUUGUAUUUGCGUGGCGUCGUAUUCAAAGCGCGGUCGAAACGUAACUAAAUGAAAACUUUAAAGAGUUUUGAUUCAAAUAGUUUUGAGUGUCGUUGUGAAUUGUACGUCAAUUAAAUAAAUAUUUAGCACAAAAAAAAAUAUUUCUCUAAAAACCUGUAGCGGGCCUACAUAAUUUACUAGCGUGAUGUCAAUUUAAAAUGAGAUAUCACAGUACAUAUUUACACUAUCAGGAAAAUAUUUUAAGAUUUGUUUGUAAAGAGAAGCCUUUCUUAGGGAAUUUGCCGGCAAAAGUUUCUUAAAGUAUUGAAAAGUCAAAAUUUCAUAUUAAUUCCUUAGAAAUUUUAAUGUUUUUCUACAGUUGGGAUUUUUAAGAACUCCCUUACAUUUAGUUAAGACCAAGCUGAGCUGCCUAAUUCAAUUAAAAAAAAAAACAAAAUUUGUGAACGAUGCAGGACAAAUUUCGUUAUCAAAUUUAAUUUGUGUAAUUUAUUCCAGAAUUGAGGGUUAUCACUUAAAAAAUAACAAAUUGUUUAGAUGUGAAAAAGCGACAUUUCAAUUUCCUUUGAGCAAGUUAUCAACUGUAAAGUAGAUCCUGUAGAUGGAGCCACAGAGAGUUGAGAGUUGAAUGAAACAUGACUACUUUGUAAACUGGCGCAGCCCUAAUAGCGUAACUAACUUCCUUCCUCGUACUAUUUCUGUAAAUAAAUCCCAUGAAAAUGGUUUGUUUUAUAUUUAUUAUGCGUGCAGUACAUGUGCGAGUAUAUUACCCUACACGGUGUGACAAGGACACAAUGAUGCGACCGCCAUUUCUAAAAUGCUUCUAUACACGGUAUCUUAGAUUGCUAAGAUAAUAAAUAACAACUAAAUUAAUCUAUCUGUAUAAAGCUGAAACAAAUAGAAAUUCUGGUGAUAUAUUUCGAAGCUCUGUAGUAUUAACUGAAUAAAAUUAUUUUGAAUAA